CAUUAAUUAAGCUUUUCUCAUUUCCGCUGCUAAAUCGAAAUUCCUUUAUAAUUUAUACUUCUUUUUUUCAGCAACAAGCCCAACCUUUAAUUCACACGCUCGACUUUUUUUAUCUACUUUUACUAUAAUGGUCAGACAGCUGAAAUUCCACGAGAAGAAGCUUCUCCGCAAGGUCGAUUUUUUCGAGUGGAAAAACGAGCACAAUGUGCGUGAAAUCGAAGUUAUCCGGCGCUACAACCUCUCCAAGCGCGAAGAGUACCACAAGUACAGUGCGCUCGUGCGACUGACCCAAAAGCUCGUCCACACUAUUUCAAGGCUCGACCCGCGCGACCCCAAGAGACUGGCCAGCGAAGAGGCCCUUUUGGAGAAACUCUAUAGUAUUGGCAUUAUUUCGUCGCGCAAAAAUAUGUCGCAGAUUGAUAAGCUUUCGGUGUCGGCUUUUUGCCGUCGCAGGCUGCCGCUUAUUAUGUGCCGAUUGAAGAUGGCCGAGUAUGUCUCUGAGGCUGUGCGGUUAAUCGAACAGGGUCAUGUGAGAGUUGGGCCUGAUACUAUUACGGAUCCUGCAUUUUUGGUUACUCGCAAUAUGGAGGACUUUGUCACUUGGGUCGACACAUCCAAGAUCAAGCGCAAGAUUCUCAAGUACAACGACAAGCUGGAUGAUUUUGAUCUGCUCUAACCAUGUUGGCGUCGUUGCCCGUUUACAAUACUUUGUCAUGGUUUUUAUGACUUAAAUUUUAUACAUAAACAAUUACUCUAUACUCACCA